CCUAUCGGUCUAUUUAGACUCCACCAGAAUUUUGUUUCUUUAAACUCAUCUUAUUGUUAGCUAUCAUAAGAUUUACUAACUACAUUCCUGCCUAGUAAAAAAGAUCCAUGGAUACUAAGGGGUACGGUAAAUGGUACCCGGUUUUGGUUAUGAUUGGUGUCCAGUUCGCCUUUGCAACUAUUAAUGUACUUCUCAAAAAGGUCAUCGAUGAUGGACUCGACCAUCUGGUCUUCAUCACUUAUCGCCUUGUUGUUGCUACCUUCUUUUUGGUCCCUGUCGCCUUCUUUUUCGAAAGGAAGAGAGAAACAAAGCUAACAUUUAGCAUACUAUGCCACCUUUUCUUGAAUGCGAUUCUCGGGGCGUCACUCACACAAUACUUGUUCCUUUUGGGUAUACAAUACACAUCCGCCACUUUCUCAUGCGCUUUUCUCAACAUGGUGCCUGUAAUCACAUUUAUCAUAUCGUUACCCUUCGGGUUGGAAAGUGUGAACAUAAAGUCAAAUGGUGGGAGAGCCAAAGUGAUAGGGACGUUAAUUUGUGUAGGAGGUGCCACUCUACUAACCCUUUACAAAGGAACCCCUUUGUUUAACGCCCACUCGCACUCACCCACAACAACCGAAUCGAUCCAAGCGCAAGCUAUCAGCAAGCUGGGCUCAGUUUUUGCAACAAAGAAAGCAAGAUGGACUUCUGGUUCAUUGGCAUUGGUUGCAGGCACAAUCUUGUGGUCUUCAUGGUUUAUCGUCCAAUCAAACAUUGGCAAAAGAUACCCGUUGCAGUACUCUAGUACCGCCAUCAUGAUGUUCUUCGGUGGCAUACAAUCUUUCGCAUUAAGCUUGUCCAUCGACAGAGAUCUUUCUAAAUGGAUUCUUAAAGAUAAAUUGGAAAUCUUUAGCGUCCUUUACGCUGGGAUUGUGGGAUCAGGGUUUUGCUUCGUUGCAAUGUCAUGGUGUGUGAAGAAAAGGGGUCCAGUUUUCAGUGCAGCAUUCAGUCCAAUUGUUCAGAUAAUAGCAGCUGUAUUCGACAUUCCAUUUCUACAUGAACCGUUGCAUCUCGGAAGUUUGGUGGGAUCGGCUAUUGUGGUGGUGGGAUUGUACAUUCUGUUGUGGGGUAAGAACAAAGAAUUGCAAAAUGUUGGUGUUGAAAAAGGAGAUCUGGAAAAUGAAAAGGCAAAGGUGCAAGAUCUUGAGUCUCAUCCCACUGCGGUAAUUUGAGAUUCCAAGGAUCCAUAAACACUAGGUUACGCAUAUGGAUUGUGUUUGUGUUGUAAUUUGUUUAAUAAUAGUGUCGAUAAGACGAAUAAGAUCAUAUAUAUUACCAUUUUCCAAUAAA